AUGAUAAACCAUUCUAUUCAUAAUAAUCUAUGUUUAUUAAUUUUACUGCCUGCUAAUGAUGCAGCAAGAAUCUAUUGUAAUACAAUUGAAUCGUCUUCAUUAUGUCGAAUACAAAUGAAUUCAGAUUCUAUUCAAAAAGGUUUAAUCUAUAGAUCUAUGAAACAGCAAUCAUCACCAAUGAAAAUAAAUCAGAAUAUUGAUUUAGUAAAAUCUGAAUAUGAUCUCGAUUCGUCGAUUUUAAAAAAUUUAACAAUUAAAAACGAAAAUAAUAAUAAUUCAUCAAGAAAUUUAAUUAAACAACGUCGAGUUAAAAUUAAUAAGAAAUUUCUUUCAUCAUCAUCAUCAUCUCAAAUAACGAAUGCAAAUAUCCCACACACAUUUAGUUUAUGGUACAAUCAUAAGAAAAAGAAUAGUGCCGAGGGACAAGAUUAG